CUAAGUGAAUUUAUAAUUUCCAUGUAGAAUUUCGACAUCAGCUUAUUGAGAAUGGUGUUCUAUUAUAAAAGUAUCUCCCUUUCCAGCUGCUAAACUUUGAUGAAAGCUUUUUAGCCGGAGAAAUGGCCGAGUUAGGCGAAGACUUUGAUGGUUUGGUGAAGCUUGAGCGAUACAGGCUGACCAAAGAGGCGCUUGUGACGUACAGACCAUUCCUGGUUAUUUUUGCUGUUGUUCUCACUGUGGUUGCUCUCUUGCAAAUCGCUAUUGGUGCCAUCUACCUGGGUGACUGCCCAGCUCAACCCAUGAUACCCAUCUACCUGAUCGGUGUCGGAGCCGGCAUCGUACUGACCGGUAUUGUGGGCAGGACGUGCCCCUGCUUAGACAAGAAAUACCGUCCAAGAAACCCCAUCCUGUACGUCCUUCUCUUGUUCUUGAUUGGCUGGUUUAUGGCCGGUAAUAUCUGGGUGUUUCGCCUGUAUCUACCAGACAUGGAACACAAACAUGACACGGCACGGUACUGUCAUAGAAUUCUCUAUUUGUAUGCGUUUUGGUCUAAGCUAGUCCAGUACGUAGCCUUCGCUUUAUACCUGCCAUUCAUCAUCUAUGUGUUUGUGAUUCGUCCGUUACGGACGGCUAGACGUAUAGCAAAAAGACGCUUUAGCGCUUGUGUUAAUGAGACUACGGUAGAUCAUCAAAGUGAGGCAAAAAAUAGGUCACGUGAUGAAAGGCGGAGUUGUAAUGAAAGCGAGGCAGAGUCUUUGCUGAAUGGUCCAGGCGUUAGGUAUACAUAAAUGUACUUGCCUAGUUACCAAGCUCUUGCUCGGCAGCACGUGCUGAGUAACCAUGCAUGAUUAAUUGAUGAUAGCAACAAUACCAGGUAAAAUUUUAUCUAUUUUUAAACGGAGCAAUAAGAAUUAUCUUUGCGACAGCUCAUAGAUCUUGCAAAUAAGCCCACCAACAAACUUGCACUAUUAAAUUCAAAAUUAAAAGAACAUAGUAAGGUAUGUAUUUUUAUCCCUUAUCCACCAUUCUCGUCCCAAAAGCUUCCUUUGCUAUUUAAUGAGGGGCUAUGAAAACGAAAAUUCCCCCCCCCUUUCCCUAUCGGGGAAUCUUGGACCCCCUGUCGAGGUUGCCGAGAGUGAAUCGCAAAGAGCCGGUAAAGCUUAAGAUUUGGACCGAGGGAAGGACAGAAUAGACUAAUUCAUAACAGAGCCGGUAUAUCUUUAAGAUUUGGAAAGAGGGCGGGACAGAAUAGACUAAUUUAUAAAGUACACUAUUUAAUUGCAGUUGUUUCUUUCACUUUUUGAACUUUUUCGUCGUAAUAUUACACAACCCUAUACUGUUUUAUUCUUGCAAUAUCCAAAAAUACUUUUUCACCUUUCCAGACAGAUUACUUAACUCCAUAAAAACUCAAGUUUUCUGAAACCACAAAGGGAUUAUUAUAGCCUCAAUGUGAACAAGCAAACUUCUUUUUACCUUGUGACGUCAUUGAGACUACUCAUUGAGACUUCUUUUUACCUUGUGACGUCAUUGAGAUCAGCUGACUAAUGACGUCACUAGGGAAGUUAACGAUUAUCCCUCGAGUCUCUCUGAGGAGUAGCUAUGGGCUAGUGAAUCAGAGUCCAUAAGGGCGAGAAAUAAUUGUUUAAUUCAAGUCACAGAAGAAGCUCAAUUUGUAUAGCCAAAAACGUUGUAUUGUCCGGUCAUGUUAUUAUUUGGCUUUAAAGAUUAGGCAUUUUGCCACUAUAACUUGAUGAUAGACCGCUAGUGGUUGACUUGUGUUUGCCAUACAUUGACUUUCUAUAUCCUAGUUGUCUUGGCAACCUGAAGAGGAAAAAAGAGGUAAUAGUGAGUUGCUUUUGCAAUUGAUCAUUUUUGCAAAUUCUCUUUCUAAUAAUUCAUUGAGUAUUUUAUUCUUAUGUUUACUAAAAUUCAAGAACAUCCUUUAGAACAUCUGCAGCCUUAAAAUGCACCAAAAAUAAGAACGACCCAGCCUCAACUGAAAAUUAGACGUC